GGGUAUAUAUAACGAGAGAGCUGUUACUAAAGGCUACAAGGCAGAAAGAACUUGAAGAGGAAGUUACAAUUUUCAGUGUUCAAUAAAAAUACAGACAAACAGACAAAAUGAGAGAAAUCGUGCACAUACAAGCUGGCCAGUGCGGUAACCAGAUCGGCGCCAAAUUCUGGGAAGUCAUCUCCGACGAGCACGGUAUUGACCCCACCGGUACCUACCACGGAGACUCUGACCUCCAGCUCGAGAGAAUCAACGUUUACUACAAUGAAGCCACAGGUGGUAAAUAUGUACCCAGAGCAGUACUUGUUGAUUUGGAACCCGGAACCAUGGACUCUGUCAGAUCUGGACCAUUCGGACAGGUGUUCAGACCAGACAACUUUGUGUUCGGACAGAGCGGUGCCGGAAACAACUGGGCUAAGGGACAUUACACAGAAGGUGCCGAAUUAGUAGACUCUGUAUUAGAUGUUGUACGAAAGGAGGCUGAGAGUUGUGACUGUCUUCAGGGAUUCCAACUUACACAUUCACUUGGUGGUGGUACCGGCUCCGGUAUGGGAACACUUUUGAUCAGCAAAAUCCGUGAAGAAUACCCCGACAGAAUCAUGAACACAUUCUCAGUUGUGCCAUCUCCAAAGGUAUCUGACACCGUUGUUGAACCAUACAAUGCUACCCUCUCAGUCCAUCAGCUCGUUGAGAACACCGACGAGACAUACUGCAUUGACAACGAGGCCUUGUACGAUAUCUGCUUCAGAACCUUGAAACUCACCACCCCAACAUACGGUGACUUGAACCAUCUCGUCUCUGCCACCAUGUCUGGAGUCACCACUUGUCUCCGAUUCCCAGGUCAGUUGAACGCCGAUCUCCGUAAAUUGGCCGUCAACAUGGUCCCCUUCCCACGUCUCCACUUCUUCAUGCCAGGAUUCGCCCCACUUACCUCCCGUGGAAGUCAACAGUACAGAGCUCUUACCGUCCCCGAGCUCACCCAACAGAUGUUCGAUGCCAAGAACAUGAUGGCUGCAUGCGACCCACGUCACGGCAGAUACCUCACAGUUGCCACCAUGUUCCGUGGACGUAUGUCCAUGAAGGAGGUUGAUGAACAGCUCCUCAACGUCCAGAACAAGAACAGCAGCUACUUUGUUGAAUGGAUCCCCAACAACGUCAAGACAGCUGUCUGUGACAUCCCACCACGUGGUCUUAAGAUGUCCGCCACCUUCAUUGGUAACAGCACCGCCAUCCAGGAACUCUUCAAGCGUAUCUCCGAACAGUUCACCGCUAUGUUCCGUCGUAAGGCUUUCUUGCAUUGGUACACUGGUGAGGGUAUGGACGAGAUGGAAUUCACUGAAGCCGAAUCCAACAUGAACGAUUUGGUCUCUGAAUACCAACAGUACCAGGAUGCCACCGCCGAGGAGGAGGGAGAAUUCGAUGAGGAAGAAGGAGAGGAAGAGGCUUAAACUACCAAAAAACAAAUGACACUUGUAACAUCUAAGAUAUGAACAAAAAUAGCACCAUCUUUGAUCUGAUGUGCACGAAAUACCGAAAACAUAACUGAAACAUUUUGAUUACUGUUAAACAAGAUACACUGACGCAAUCUGAAAGUUCUUUUAAAAUGAAUCUGCCUUACACGAGAAAAAAAAAUAGAAAAAACCCUAAACUGUUGAAUAUGUAAUUUUUAUUAUAUCUGAAUAUGAAAAAGUAACAUCAUAACUGAUUGAAAAUAAAUAUGCAAUAACAAAGUAAAAAAAAGGUCAACUAUUAAACAAUAAAACAAGAUCUAACGAUAUAAAA